AUGAAUCUUCGAAAAAAGAUCUCAGCAUUUCUCGAUGCUAUCAAAAACUGGGAGGACCCUGAUUUUUGCUUGCCAGAGGAUGAGAUGGGAGGUUUUCAGUACUUUUUUCUUCACUCCGAGACAGUUGAUGGCAUCUUCAUCCCGUUGCUCGGCGGGCUCAUUGCGUUGGCCUUCCGCCUUCCUGUAAACAUCAAAACUCUGAUCCUCAUGCGACUGUUUUCGGUUUUCACCAUCACGAUGGCAAUUCUCCGACUCUGCUAUUUCCUGUAUUGUUGA